AUGGCUACCAGUGCUCUCUUGCCAACCAAAAGGAACCGAGAAUCCAACUGGGAAGCCGAGUAUUACAGGAAUGGCUAUCCACAAGAGAUCAUUGUCAUUGAAGACUCACCUCCACCAACACCGCACGAUCGUUCUCAAAGCCGUUCCAAUUACACUGUCGUGCAGGCCCCUACACCACCUCCUUCCAUGCCGUCAUUCACCUCUUCAUCACACACCCGGAUCUCCAACUAUCACCAGCAACAACUCCAAUAUCAAACAACCACCUAUCCACAUCCAUCAUUGUAUCACACACACCACCAACAACGUCUACCUAAGCGCCAGCGUCAUUAUACCCCAGCAGCACACUCUAUGCAGCAACAGCAUCAUCAUCAUAAUCAUCAUCCUUUUGAUACCAGCUACUAUCACACAAACAGCAAACGACGACGAAGAGAUCUUCAUCCUCAUCAUCCACCACCACCUCCACCACCUCCUUUACCACAACCCAUGAAUGAUGCUGAUGGUCAUUUUAUUGUACGACGUGGUCAUUUUCUUAAGAACCGAUAUCAAAUGGACCAGGUACUUGGGCAAGGCACCUAUGGCAAAGUAGUAAGAUGCUACGACCAUGUAAGAAAAUGCUACUGUGCCGUCAAGAUCAUCCGUGCUAUCCCAAAAUACCGUGAAGCAAGUCAAACAGAGAUUCGUAUCCUCAACACGUUGAAAAAACAUGAUCAGCUUAAUUUCAACCAAUGCAUCCAUCUCGUUGAAUGGUUUGAACAUUACAAUCAUGUGUGUAUGGUGUUCGAGCUGCUGGAUCAAUCCAUUUACGAUUUCCUCAAGUCCAACGACUUCACCCCCUUUCCUCUCGUUCAAAUCCAGCACUUUGCAAAACAGCUGCUGAAUAGUGUCGCUUUUAUCCACGAACUCGAAAUGAUUCACACGGAUCUGAAACCCGAGAACAUCCUACUCAAGAACCAUGACUAUGAUACCGUAUUAGCAUCCCAUACAAAGCGUGGCACGACACGGAUAUUACGCAAGACCGACAUCGUCCUCAUUGACUUUGGGUCAGCUACUUUCCAACAUGGCUAUCAUUCUGCUGUGGUAUCAACACGGCAUUAUCGAGCACCCGAGAUCAUUUUAGGACUUGGUUGGUCAUAUGCAUGCGAUAUGUGGUCACUUGGGUGCAUUUUGAUUGAAUUCUUUACAGGCGAAGCCGUUUUUCAAACACACGACAACUUGGAGCAUUUGGCUAUGAUGGAAAGGGUACUAGGUAAAUUACCUGGGCGAAUGGCACGGAAAGCAAGCCCUGAUGCAGCAAAAUACUUUGAAAACAAUCGAUUACGCUACUACAACCCUGGCUCAUCUACCAGCACCACUCACCAUGCAUCACGACGAAACGUGGUCAAUAAUCUCAAGCCAUUACGCAGUAUCAUCAAUCCUAGAACAAGAGCCACCAUGCAACUUUUGGACUUGUUGGAACAAAUGCUCAUGUAUGAUCCAAGCAAACGUAUCACAGCUCGUCAAGCACUUCGCCAUCCAUUCUUUCAAAUUGAUUUUGACAAGUACGGUCGUGAAAUUUAG